AUGAGGAUGAGGAAGAGCAAGCAAAGAGUCGGUGAGCGCAGCAGGCAUGGCGGCCUGGGCUGGCGCCGUGUCCUCCUGGCUUGCCUCUUCGACGUGGCCGUCGACGUGGCCGAGGCCAAGAUGACGGAUGGCCUCGGGGACGUGCCGCGCCUGUCGCAGGCCCACCAGCAGACGAAGAAGAGCAAGGUCAAUCAGGCUCUACGCGUGCUGUGGUCCAUACAGAAGAAGGGAGGGCGCCUGACUUGGAAGCGCUCGCUGAUCCACGCUCUGACAGCCGAGAAUAUUUGUGGCAUUGCGCCGCGAAGGGGCACCGGGUGGGUGGACGGCGUCUCGCAAUUUCAGGAUACAGUCACCCCGCAUGGUAAGCAUGGUUAA